GCAUACUCGACUCUAAUUUUAAUAGAUUUCGUCCAUCAUACUCUACCAGUUACAAAACCUGAUUGGGAUACACUAUAGUCUUUUCGAUGAGCUCAGUAGAUUUAGCUCCCUAUGAGUUUCUUCAAUUACACCUUACCAAAGGAGGUUGCAUUCCCUCAAAACAUAUUUCUGUCUUGCGAGUGCGGGAGAUUGACAGAAUCCAAAAGCGUCUCGGAAGCCGUGUGAUGCUCUUCUGCGCAGAUGCCGCUAACGCACCCACAAUCUGGACCAUGCAAUGUGGGCAAAAGCGCGUCAAGGAUAUACCAUGCAAGAAGACCAAAGUCAUCACACACAUCGUGAGCGAUGGCUCUUUCACUGGUCUCUUUCUCCUCUCCAAGAAAGGUGUAGAUUUUGUGCUUCUGGAUCAUCUACCGGAUCAACCGUGGAAGUUGCGAUCAAAACCACGGAAGUUUUCGAAUGACCUAAAUGAACUCAUGACUUCAUUUUAUGAUCAAUCUUCUAGCGUCAAGAAAAAAAGGGAUAUUACACAAGGGCUUUUUAUUGUGUACAACGCCCAGCUCAAAUACUUUGCCAGCACUGGUGUGCUUAUCUUAGCGGUGCUGGUACGUGAUACCCUAGGAGGUGGUCUGCAUCUUUUGCUUGGCUCCCUUGCGCAUAAGCGAUGGCGGCGAUGGGAUGUUGAGGAGAGCUAUGGUGUGAAUUCUGGUAUUUACAUCGACCCCAAUAGUGGUACUGUGACUUUGAUGAGAUGUUCUAUUGGCACACCAGUAAAAGCUAUCAAAGUGGAUGAGGCAGCUCCGUCCGUCCCAUUCUCCCUUAUGGUAUUUGACCUCAUUUAUCCGAUGUGUCGAAACAUUGAAGCUUCACACUCAAACACUAUUGCAUGUGCUCUUUACCACGAGUUCACUGUUAACCUCAAUGAUCAAUAUCUCCCUAUGCAGCGAACCUUCCAAAGCCUUGGCUUCGUCAUUCCACCUUCAGAAAGGGACUCUUGUCGUAAUUGCCCAGUGACAAUUGAUUCAACCCCUACCCCAUUGUUUUCUUUUUUGUUGCGGGUUGGAGGUGAAUCUUUCAUUCUUCAGCUCACAUAUUCAUCCAACAAAGACGAACUUGUGGCUGUAUCUCACACACUUCCCGCAACACUUCAAGUUUCCAUCCCUUUAGCGCUUGCUACAAUGAAAGUGAAUGAAAACCCACAUCAUCUAGGUGGUCCUCUAGUAACAUUCAUUCUUACUAAAGAUUUAAAGCUUUUUGCCUUUGAUGGGACUAGCGUUAUUGAGGUACGAGUGCUUUUUGCUAAGGACACAACAAAUAACCUAAAACAAAUUGGGCAACAAAUGGCAUCCGAGAGGAAACUCCCUGAGCAUCAGGAUAAAUUGCCUCAUACAGAUUCUAAGGCUGAUGUUUCAACAGCGACUGAUAAUAUUAAACUUCUACUUGUUGGACAGCAUGAACUGUUUUGCACAGAUGGUAAGAUUGCAGUAUUUCUUCACUUAACAGGCGUGAACUUACAAAAAACUAGCUUGAAUGAGAAGGUGAUGUGUAUCGCUGCCGAUAUCUUGGAGCCUAAAAUUUUUGAUGAAAGUAUCGCGUGCGAGAAGUCCCUGGGGUUGCUUUCUGAUAUCUUUGCAUCGGAGCCUGUAGGUCGUCAAGAAUUAGGUGAGAUUUUUCUCAAGGAAAUUGCUCCGAUCCUUCGACGGGCUUCCAAAAUGCCGGCUUAUACUCCUUUAAUCCAACGUGUAUUUUUGCUUUUGCUACAAAUAUUUUCGCCUGUCACCGAUACAGAUUGGCAAAAUUUCUCAACACUAGCGCGAAUUUUGCAAUACUCGAUAGAUGGGCAAAGCUGCGCCAAUCACAUUGUGUAUACGGAUCAAUUUUUUGUCAAUUUAAUUAACCAGUACUAUAGAAAUAAUCCUAACUCCAAGAUCGAGCCGCAUACAAUAAAUCAAAAACUGCGUGAAAUUAUUUCCAACAAGGAGGAACAUCCUGAAAAGUCACAUUCAAUCGAGGAUAAAGAAGGUUACAGAAAGAGUGGUCUUUCAGCUGAAUUCCAGUUCUUUUUAGAUGGUCUUACCACACGCGCACCACUGCUUUCAUUCGCAGAGGAGGUGGUUCGGCUGUGUGUGGUUUUAGAAACACUUCCAACAGGGGCUAUAUGCGCAGUACUUCCUAAGGAAGGCUGUGAGAUGGUUGUACAUGCCAUGGGCAUUGUCCUUUUGGCUUCAUCAUUUGAUAUUCAUCUUUUUGUUGGUGUUAGCAAUAAUAAUGAAUCAAUAACAUGGUCUCUUGUGCAAAAAGAGCCUUCAUUUAUUGAUGUUCCUGCGUACAAGUUUGACGAUCGAACGAAAGUCGAGUACGUGUUUACCCUAGCAGUCGACUUACUGUGCGUUAAAACUACAGACCUCCCUUAUUCUUUGAGCAUUCCCAUCGUAUUGCUUACCAUGAGUCAACGUCAACAUUGUUUAAUUUCUCUACUGAACUUAUUUUUGCCUCAAAUUCUGCAGAGUUUAGACAGGGAGACGUUAGCCUUGUCCAAUAACACGGAAUGGCUUGAGAACUGCAUUCUAACGUUAAAUAAAGAUCCCAUUGAAGUAGUUCGCACCUUUAUCCAGGCACCAACGAGGGAGACGAGUCUUAAGGGUACUACCACCGCGACCGCACUUUGCUAUGCAUUAUGUGGCACUGGGCUGUAUGACAGCAUUACUCUGGUCAACUACGUCCAGGAGUCAAUUUCUCAGGAGUUAUGUAUUGCAUCUGUUGUAAUAUUUCUAUUCACUAUGACAGAAAAAUUAGUUGAUGCACGGAACAACUACGCUGCGUCGAUUGCAAGGCAUAUUUUAGACAAGCAUGAUACUGAUACACUUGAAGCCGAGGAGGUUGUUAGGUACAAUAGGGAAUUUUCUACAAUCAUAGAGAACACUAGAGCGGCAUGGGUAAAGGCUGAUUCAGUGUUACCGUACAAGGUUCAUGACAUCGCGGCUAGUUAUGAGGCUUCUAUUUCUAUGUCAUUUAGCAAUAGCGUCAUCUUGACAGAAAACAAAAGUACUAUCGUUUUGCGUACCCUUGUCAUGUGCUUCAGAAUUUUUGUAUUGGUUUACUAUUCGAAGACACUGGAACAUCGUCUGGAAAAAACCGUGCUGGUUUGUAAAAAGACUGUUGAAUCCUGUUGCGACAUCAACCAGAACUACCCAGCUGUCCAUGGCAGCCUAGAGGCUCUUCAUACUAUUCGAACACUUAAACACAGUGGACUACCGGUUGAAAAGUUCCAAGGACAGCUUAUGAUGCUGAUAGAGGGAGCAGCAGACAUCUGUGCUACCGGUAAGCAUUCAAAAUCGGCGCCCUGGUGCUUCUUUUUUUUACAUGUGUUAUCCCUCUCGGGUAUCUCAGAGACCUCUAUAGCGCCACUAAAGAAGCGAUACUACACUCUCUUGGAUCGUCUGCAGAGCCAGUUAAAUAAGCUUGCGAACCAAGAAGAAAUGGAUAGAAAUAUCCGAAGCUGUGUCGAAAAAGCAAAAGCUACGGGGAGCACCUUGUCCCUAGAUAUUGAUAUUGAAGGGAAAGUUUUUUAUUUCAUUUUUUCUCAUUCUAGGGAUUCUAGCAUUCCUCAAUGGGUCAAGGAUCAAGCCUUGACAGGACACAAAUACUCAAUCACAACAGACUGGACACAGCGAAUGUGGGGUGUUGAAGGAAAGGCAGAUAUUAUCAAAGAGGCCACUGAGUUACUGGUUUCCUGUAUAAAGGAAGGAACAAAGAAAGCUGUUAUAUUCAUAUCUGAGGCUGGAUCCAACCAUCGUUUAAAAGACCAACCCAAGCCACUCUUUGAUGAUAUCUUCCACAUUAUUAUUCCCGGUUAUUCACACGCAGGGACCGAGUGUCCCAUUCCAGUGCAAGAUGUCCAAGGUAGUCACGACGUUGAGGGGGAAAAGGCCAGCAUUGAAAAGGAGGAGGCAUAUAGUGUUGACAAAGAGGUCGUUGCUCUCAAAGCGUCCUCACAAGAAGAACCCUUAGUCUUAGAAAAUACUCCAGUAAUAAUAUCUCAAAGGCCUAUGUUUGAAGUUUCUAAUGCAGAGGAAAUCGUCUCCCACACGCAAUCGCCACCAUUGGUGCAUUCUCGGGUCGAUCCAACAUUUGCAACUUCAGACCAACUAGCGUAUCAGGAUAUUGAACGGUGUAAAAGUUUAUCGCUAACGUCACACAAGGGGGAUCACAUCGCCACAGAUCCGAUAGAGGAUGGACCAGCGCUGUCUGACACACUCAUAACCAGCACAACCGCCACUAGUGAAUCUUUCACGGGCACUGAAGUAUCGCAGAAGUCAACUGAAGAGCCACUGAGAUCCUAUGAUGACAACAAGUAUGAGAGGAUGUCUACUUCAAGCAGAAUAAAGUAUCACAGAAAACGAUGCCAUCAUCAUCAUCAUCAUCACCAUUGUUGCUGCCGAUGCAAGAGGUCUCAUAGGCAAUUAGAUUCUAAUAGAGUAAGGUUAGAUAAGAACAGCCAUGGGUGGAUUGAGGAAGAUCAGGCUGCUCGAAUAGCUACCACAUGGAUUCCAUCAGAACCUCAGUUGUGUUCUAAUGAAGUUCAUAAUGAUCUGUACUUCAAAAAAACUGGUAUUCAGAUUCAGCACUCUAGUACUGCGUUGAGGCCGCCACUGGAAUCCCCAAGGAAGACUCACAUAGAUGACUUCAAUACCCCAAUCUAUCAGCGCAUUGAUGACAUUCAGUCUAAUGGCCACGGAUAUAUGCCUCAAGACAUCAAUAGGGGUCUGUCGCUUCUCACUUUCUCGCGUCACCAGGGCCAGCAGUCUCAGAGUCCUAGGGUUCGACUUUAUUCUGCCCACCUUGGCGAUUCUGGAACCUCAAUAAAUGAAUUAAAGCAAACUCUGGAAUGGAUAGGCCCCACUGCGUCGUCACCUUUUUUGAAUAAAGCAAUGUCAUACACAGGUGCGCCGCAUUUAGAGCCUCCUCCAAUUCCAUCCUCCGAUGUCUUUCAGAAGCCACCCCCAUUGUUGCAUUUGCGUGAGCGUGUGGCAAUUAGUGAGUCGGGGGCAAUUACUGCCACUGCGAAUUAUCUCCCUACCGAAUCUGUGAGCACAAAUCCAUACAAAUCUACUUUUCCAGACGGCGCCGAUCUUUUUCAGACCAAACCCCUGGCAAACGCAUCGGGGCCACCCCAACAGUUCCAGCAGCCUCAGGCCUCCCAGAAGUUUACCGAAAGAGCGCCAGCGCAGCUGUCAGCUUCUCUUCCAAGUUCCAAUCUAUUGGUCCAAGUCCCCCGGGAACCGACAGUGCCUAUGUCAAGCGAUGACGUUGAACUGGUGCCUGCACAACCGGCAUCCAGCACACCAAUCCUGGAAAGUAAUCAUGAUAUUAUCCAAUCCAACACUGAAGCUAAAUCAUUUUCUGUGCCAGACGUGAAACAGGCACAUCUGACACCAAUCGAAAUAACUGAAUUUAAACGUUAUGUUGACGAUUUAAUGUGUAAAAUGAAUGUUGUUCCUUCAGUACCCGUGCCUGGCGCUAUUACAUACUCCGCAACAUUACCACUCGCGUCCGAUAAUGUUUCACAGGAGAAAUACCCGCAAGCGCUUCCGGUCACUAUUGACAACUCCUUGAGCCUGAAAUCUGAAGAUAUUGUUCUUCGUUCUAAAAACCCUAGCCCUUCUCAGCCCACUUUAGCACCUGCUCCUCUAUUGCAGUCGCUGCCCUUGUCUUUGCCAAAUGGACAGAACGGCCUCACUUCGGUGGAACAAGCCCAACUUGUUCAAAAAACUAUUAAACAAAAAAAUGAGUUGCUAAAUUUAACUAUGGAACUUUCGGAGAUGCAGUUGCGUGCUGCCCACAUUGGCGAUAACUCCGCAUUUAAACCUACAGCCAUCGUGGAGGAACACAAAGAUCACACAUUGAGCUAUGGUAAAGACCAACCCAUGUUCCAAAUACAGCCUUCUCGCAACUCUGAUAGACUCAAAUUAAUGUCAUCUGUCCAGAUCCAAACCCAACAGUCAGCCAAAAACGAUGUCUCUGUGGAUGCUGCAUUACCACCAUUCCAUCUCAUAAGCACAGUGCCUUUUAGGGAUUCUACUACUACUACUCCAGUGGUGAGCAUUACCAACACCAUUUCGGACCUGGAGCAUCUCAAUUCAAAAUUCCAGGCAAUCAAUGCUUCCACCGAAGCUAUGGAGAAGGCCCUCCAUGAAACACGCGAAACCAUUCGGAGCUAUGAAAAGCUCAAACCUAUGGAGGCCAUGGGGAUAAAGGAAAUUGCUCUGAUAAACUCGCUCCGCUGCAAGACAGCCGCUGCGGAGAGGCAACUGAUAGAGUUGAAUGGUCUACCCAUGGCAACGCAAAUGCAAUCUCGUCCUCUAGAAGUUCAGCUGCCGAACUGUCAGAAGCCCUGUCCGGGUGUUUCUGCUCGUAAUCUUCAAUAUGGGAAAGACGAGAUCACAGAAAGUGAGAUUAGUGCACAGCAACAGAGUGUCGUCAAUACAUCCCAAACACGCUCCAUAAGUUUUUCCACAUGUGAAAAUAAGUAUCUUGAAAAGCCAGAACGGAAGGAAGUAAAUUUAACCAAACAGCAACAAUCGAACGGAGCCGCAUCAGAGCUUUGCAAUGCCGAUGUGUCUGAUCCACCGCUGCUUCGUUCGCCUUCUUUGAAAAUAAAACAGUCAAACCAAUCCUCACCAAAUUUGGCAUUGAUAGCCCCCUGGAGUCCGUACCAAAUCGAGACUUCUGCUUUACCAAACACUCACAAGUAUCUUUCUGUUAAAGAAUCUGUCUGGAAGGACACCAAUGAAAGUGGUGAGCAUGCAGUGCGAGGUGUCUCUUUGCCUAAUCGUAAAGCAAUAUCACCGGUGAAUCUCCUGAAUGAAUUAUCGGUGUGCCAGGGCGCACCCUCUCAUAAAUCCCGCAUGAAGGUGUCCCAAAACAUUAGGAAACUCUCCUUUGUCGGACCGACUAAUCUUCUUACGGUUUAUCAAGAAGCCCCAAGACGUCAGCUCAAUGGAAUACGACAGCAGCGGUGCCGUACACCUUUUCAUCCUCAGCGUAGCCGCUCUGCGGUUAAACCAAAAGGUAAAAUAAUAUCACCUGAGGUCGCUGCCAAUCAGUUGCCGUCUCGUACCGCUAGUAAGGACGCGACGGAUCGCUUCUACAUGUACCGCAGUCAACUUUGCAUACCGAAAACAAGUAAAAAGGAUUUUUCCAGAGAAAAUAAACUGAAAUGUGUGACCCCUUUUCAGACUUUAAACAACAACGAAUUCUGUGAAUCUCUAGAUGUAGCGGUCAGCAAUGAGGUAUUGCCAUUCGAGGAUGGGAAUCAACCAAAAUUAAUAGAAACUUCAGCUUUUGUUGAGCGCCAGAGGCGUCGACGAAGUGCCAACAUCGAAAAACGUAUUCACCAAUUGGAGCGCGAAUUCGUAUAA